CUACGAUUUUGUCUUGCGGUGUUGUUAUUUUCGCUUUUACUCCCAAGGGGAUUCUGUCUGUGUCUUUGGGAAUCCACAGAUGCGGGGGCUGGGAACAAGGAGGGCCAACGGUAGAACUCAGUGGGGUGUGUCCAGGCUGCAAUUAACCUAAUGAACCUGCCGGGCACAGCAGUCCACCUGGCGUGGACCGUCCCGAUUGGCUGCGUUGGGCUGACGGAAUGAAUUCGUAUUGGGGCGGGGCUGCCCAAGGCCCAAGGGGGUCAGGGCUUGAGUCCUGGGUGGGCCCGGGGCUGGCUAUAUAAGGCCGGGCUCUGGCAGCCCAGCUGCAUUCCGCCUCGGACGGCGCAGCGCAGAGGUCACUCCAGGCUGCGGCUCCACAUCCCGAGGGACAGAAGCGGGCCUGCUCAGCUGUCUGCAAGGACCGGCGUUCCAGACCAAGUGGCCCGCUGCUCCGAGGACCCAGCUCGCUCCAGGUUGUGGGGACUCCACGCCCCGAGGCCUGCGGUCCGCGAGGACCAGCGCCCCGGAACCAGUGGCCCACUGCUCCGAGGACCGAGCUCGCGCCAGGCUGUGACUCCACAUCCCGAGGUCGCUGCCUGGCGACCGGGCAGCGAGGACCGGCCACCCCAGACUUCGUGUCCCGCCGCCCCGAGGACAGAGCCGCGAACGCGAGGACAGCGACGCCUGCACAGCUCUGCUGAGAUGGCGGCAGGCUCCACUACGCUGCGCGCAGUGCAGAAGCUGCAGGUGCGUCUGGCCACGAAGACGAACCCAAAAAAGCUGGAGAAAUAUUUGCAGAAACUCUCCGCCCUGCCCAUGACGGCAGACAUCCUGGCGGAGACUGGAAUCAGAAAGACGGUGAAGCGCCUGCGGAAGCACCAGCACGUGGGCGACUUUGCCAGAGACUUAGCGGCCCGGUGGAAGAAGCUGGUGCUUGUGGACCGAAACACCGGGCCUGACCCACAGGACGCUGAGGACAGCGCUUCCCGACAGCGCCUCGGGGAGGCUCUCCAGGACCAGGAAAAGGCCUGGGGCUUCCCAGAAAACGCGACGGCCCCCAGGAGCCCAUCUCACAGCCCUCAGCACGGACGGACAGCACGCAGAACACCUCCGGGACAACAGAGACCUCACCCGAGGUCUCCCAGUCGCGAGCCCAGAGCCGAGAGAAAGCGCCCCAGAACGGCCCCAGCUGAUUCCGGCCCCCGUCGGGACCCUCCAACGCGCACCGCUCCCCUCCCGACGCCCGAGGGCCCUGAGCCCGCUGUGCCCGGGAAGCAACCCGGAAGAGGCCACGCUCACGCCGCUCAGGGCGGGCCUCUGCCGGGUCCGGGCUGCCAGGGCCAACCUCAGGGGGAAGCGGUGGCGAGCCACAGCAAGGGGCGCAAAUCGUCCCGCUGGGCUUCGGCUCACAAAUCGCCUCCUGUCCAGGAAAGCCAGUCAGAGAGGCUGCAGGCGGCCGGCGCUGAUUCCGCCGGGCCGAAAACGGUGCCCAGCCUUCUCUUCGCAGAGCUCUGGGACCCCUCAGCGGCCUGGAUGCAGGCCAACUACGAUCUGCUGUCCGCUUUUGAGGCCAUGACCUCCCAGGCAGAGCCAGAAGCACUCUCCGCGCCAACGUUCCAGGAGGAAGCCGCUUUCCCUGGACGCAGAGUGAAUGCUAGGCUGCAGGUGUACUCGGGCUCCAGGCCUGCCUGCCAGCUCCAGGUGCUGACGCUGCGCCAGCAGUGCCUCCCGGUGCUUAGAAACAAUCCGGACGCCCUCGGCGACGUGGGAGGGGUCGCCUACUCGGUUCUUGAACCCGUUCCGGAAGGGUGGACGCCUGAUCAGCUGUAUCGCACAGAGAAAGACAACCACGCACUCGCUCGAGAGACAGAUGAAUUAUGGAGGAUUCAUUGUCUCCAGGACUUCAAGGGAGAAAAGCCGCGGGAGCACGAGUCUUGGCGGGAGCUGUACCUGCGGCUUCGCGACGCCCGAGAGCAGCGGCUGCGAGUAGUGACCACGAAAAUCCGAUCUGCACUUGAAAACAAACCCAGCGGCCGACAGACAAAGAUGAUCUGUUUCAACUCUGUGGCCAAGACGCCUUAUGAUGCUUCCAGGAGGGAAGAGAAGUCUGCAGGAGCCGCUGACCCCGGAAACGGGGAGAUCAAGCCAGCCCCCCAGCCCGCAGGAAGCAGCCAGGCUGCCUCCGGCCUCGGGGACGGCGGCGGCGGCGGCGGCGGCGGCGGCAGCAGCAGCAGCAGCAGCAGCAGCAGCAGCAACGUCCUUCACGGGCCCCCUGAGAAGCGGGCCAACCCCUGCCUGAGCAGCAGCAAUGAGCACGCGGCGCCCGCGGCCAAGACCCGGAAACAGGCUGCCAAGAAAGUGGCCCCGCUGAUGGCCAAGGCAGUUCGAGACUACAAGAGAAGAUUCUCCCGACGAUAAACUCAGGACUUGCCUUACACAUAAAAUCUGGGGGGAGGAGGACCAAUGCAAAGUCAACGCGGGUUGGGGAACGAAACUUCCAAUGGACACCAGGACCCUUGGCUGGGUGCAAAGUUGAGCCUCUGAAUUCUGCAGGUGUCAAGCGCUGGCCCUGUGAUUUUUGCCUCCCACACCCGGCCACUG